UGAAUCACUUAGACUCGCUCAGUCUGUCUGGUUGGCAGCACAGCGGAAGCUGCAUCUUUGUAUUCCUUUCCCCUUGUUUAUUUACGGAUCGGAUCAAUGGAAAAUAAACCGAGCCGCGGAAGAAAGCGACUCACCGACACUGGAUACAGUAAAUAACUGGAUACAGUUAAGUGAGGAAACGAGCGUCUGUCAUCAACCUACGCUGCGAGACUGGAUAUGUGACGAAAGAUACACUUUUACUAGGGGAGUAUCAUAUGAUGAGCCUUGUCCCAUUUCAUAUUCGAUAUGACACGACAGGUUAUUAAAGUAUUAAAUGAAUUCGGCACUGGAAAGGCUUGCUUGCUUGUUGAUAUUUAUAGCACUUAAGAUGUGAAGAAUGUAUCUUAUGCACUUGGGAAUAAACUUAGGGAAUGUCCUGUGAUUUGGGAACGAUGGACAACGGACCCACUAUCGUCUACGAGUGGCUGAAAACCCUCCAGCUGUGUCAGUAUGUGGAGUCAUUUGUUGACAAUGGUUAUGAUGACCUGGAGGUGUGCAAACAGAUAGGAGACCCUGACCUGGAUGCCAUCGGCGUCUUCACUCCACAUCACCGGGAAAAGGUUCUCCGGGCCGUGGAGAGACUCAGAGAUGAAGACAAGAAGGUGGCACCGGGACUGUAUUUCACCCUUGAACCCCUUCCACAUGGCACAUGCCCUCAAAUUAGUGACUGCAAACAGAAAUGCACCAAGUCAUGGGUCAAUUCUACUUGGGACAGGCCCAGGAUUGGACUCUCUAAUGACAUCAAUGCUCUGGAGAACCACAAGGAGCUGGUGGUGUAUCCUAAACUCAAGCUGAAGAUAAUGAUAAGGGAUAAGCUGGUGAAGGAUGGAAUUGACCUGAGCAAAAUGCCCUACUCGCAUAAAGAUGGCUCUCUGGGUAACAUCGAGGAUCUGGUCCAAGAGUAUUCAGAGUAUUACAGCACGUCGUACAGCGAAGUGUGUGACAGAAUGGAGGAGUUACGCAAACGCAGAGUCGCUCAAGAAGCAGAGACGGGAAAGGCUGAAUCAACAACAUCCCUUCAGCUGCGUUUGGAAAUCCAGGAGUCGCUGGGUCUGUCUAGUGCCGUGUCCACACCUGAGGUCGAGAGGAGGCAAUCAAUGAACAAAUCCAGCUCUGAAGACGGAUCUGCAGGGAAAUGGGACAGAAAGAAAAACAAAUCGUUCUGGCAAAACUUCCGCAAGGCACAGAAAGGGAGCAUUCGAGUGCCACCGAAAGGAGAGGAUCUGGGCUUUGUGGCCAGUGAGAUCACAAUGAGUGAUGAAGAACGCAUCCAGCUGAUGAUGAUGGUGAAGGAGAAGAUGAUCACAGUGGAGGAAGCCUUGGCUCGGCUGAAAGAGUAUGAAACGCAGAACAAGCAGUCCAACAGCGUGGACACGACCGAUUGGACAGACACACCCAGUCCCUCCAUGACCGAAACCUCCUACUGUAAUUCGAGAGAGCAGUCUGAAGAUGAGCUGGAAGAGUCAGUCACCUUUCGUCGACUUCAUAAACUUGUAUAUUCAACUCGACGCGUGAGAAAGAAACUUAUACGAAUUGAUGAGGCAAAAAAACAUGGCUCAAAAGACCCUGUGAGUCCUGAAGUGCUCCAGUCCAGCGAGGAGGGUGUCUCUCUGUACUCUGGGGUGCACAAACGUCUGGCCAUGUCCCAGGGUGACUGUCUGAGCUCUGUGCUUCAUGAACAGCUGUCUCUGGACAGAGACUCGGACAGUUUGACCACGUCUCCUUCCUCCAGCAGCUUAGACACCUACAGCAGCCACAAGCUCUUCAAGGCCUUCAGUAAGUCCAGCAACUGUCAGGGGCUGGAACCCACGAUGGGACCCGGUGGAGCGGUUUCUGGGCUGGACGCAGGCAGCGGAUCCUCCUUCUCUGAGGCAGACGGUGAGGUCGAGCACAGGUUGUCCCGCUCUGUGACCGAUGGGGAGAUGAGACGAGCCCUGAGCCCCACUAACUACCAUGGAAGGACCUGCAGCUUUGGAGGAUUUGAUCUCACAAGCCGAUCUGUGUACAUGAGCAACAGCAGCAAUGACCCCACAAAUGAAAACAGUGAUAUCAGCAUGAGAGACGCGUCCAGAUCUCCAACUCCUUCCCGUAUCUCUCUGGGGAAGAAGGUGAAAUCUGUAAAAGAGACCAUGAGGAAACGCAUAUCCAAGAAAUAUAGUUCCUCUCCAUCGGAGCAGUCGAGCCCGAGCCGAGCUCCCAGCAGCCCACUGUCUCCUCACACUGACACAGACUCUCUGGAGAAACCCAGACUUAAGGCCGGAGGAUCGGUGGAGAGUCUGAGGAGUUCCCUCAGUGGACAGAGCUCCAUGAGCGGUCAGACGGUGAGCACCACAGACUCGUCCACCAGUAACCGUGAGAGUGUGAAAUCAGAGGACGCUGAUGAAGAUGAGCUGCCGUACAGAGGACCUUUCUGUGGCCGAGCUCUGGUCCACACAGACUUCACCCCGAGCCCGUAUGACACCGACUCCCUCAAACUCAAGAGAGGAGAUCUGAUCGACAUCAUCAGUAAGCCGCCCAUGGGCACGUGGAUGGGGCUCCUCAGUGACAAAGUGGGAACGUUUAAAUUCAUUUACGUGGACGUGCUGAACGAGGAAGAGGAGAAACCCAAACGCGGUGUGAAGAAGAGGAGGAAAAGUCACCCUCCUAAGCCGACCUCUGUGGAGGAGCUUCUGGAGCGCAUCAAUCUCAAAGAGCACAUGCCUACGUUCAUGUUUAAUGGUUAUGAGGAUCUGGACACGUUUAAACUGUUGGAGGAGGAAGAUCUGGACGAGCUGAACAUCAUAGAUCCUCAACACAGAGCCGUGCUGCUCACCGCCGUCGAGCUGCUGCAGGAGUGUGACAGUAACAGUGACCCGGAGCGCGAGAGAUCAUCCGGAGACUCUCAAGAGAAGCUUCUGUCCGAGAGCAGCGUCCCGCCAGGAGACUCUCCACGUGACUCGGGCUGUUACGAGAGCAACGAGAACCUGGAGAACGGCAAAGGCAAAAAGACGUCUCAUUUAAGCAGGUCCUCAUCAGGCUUUGAGUCCAGCCAUCUCUUCUCCCCUGAGUUUCCCAUCACACCCCUCUGCCAUUCCAGCAGGUUGAACCCACAAACCAGACAGGACGGUCCACUUCCACUGCAGAUCAACUCCAUCAAGAGUCUUCAUCUGAGAAGAAACCACUGGAUGUUCAGAGAAAGAUUCCUGAGUCGCAGUUCUGGUGCACUGAAUCAGCUGUCUUCUCAAACUGAGCUAAGAAAACUUUACUUCUCACUGGAGGAACUUCAUCUGCACCAGAGUCCUGUGAGAAAGCAGCCGUAUAGUUUAGAAAUGUUGUCCAAUAGUAUUGAGGAGAAUCCAAGUCAAGGUCAGAAGAAUCUUCUCACAGCUGACGAGUCUGAAGAGACUGGAAACGGAUCCAGCGUCUCAGAGGUGGAGUAUGAUGUGGUGCCUGUAGAUGAUCUUCCUCCAUGUACACAGCGCAUGAAACCACCAGUUCCUCCAAAACCUCUUCCACUGCUGUCGUUGAAGAGCAUUGAUGCUGGCUUCGGGAGAAAGGAGGUUUCUACAAGCACAUCUAAGUCUAACUCUGGCACAGAGAUUCCCAGGAUUUCCAAGUCGCUCAUUUACAGACCUGCAAAGAAGGAUAUUUCUGGUAAAACGGCCAACCUGGAGACUUUAGUGGAGGAAAAGUUGUGUUCUGAUGACAUCGACCUCACAGAAGAGCCAUAUUCUGACAAGCAUGGCCGUUAUGGAGUGCCAUUUUCUCUGGUCCAGAGAUAUUCUGAAGAUCUGGACAAACCUUUGGGUGACAUUGCCAUGGUGAUGGAUCAGACGAGAGUCCAACAGCUUCUAAAGCAGCAUCGUAUAGCGAUCCCACUGAGAAGUUUGUCAGAGAUAUGUGUGACUCCUUGAGCACGUCUUAAUGGAUUUCAGAACUUGGAGAGCAACUUUUGAGGAAGGGCUGGAAGGAUCAAACAGCACAGUACUGGUUCAUUGACUCUCCUAGUUGAAUUUUACUUUCUUUUGAUUCAGCUGAAAGUUUUUCCAGCUAGCUCCUGAAUUAUUCUGUCCUUUUAGGGUUUAGACAGCACAGUAGAAGCUGAAAUAGUUUGACUUUCAUAUGUGGCUAUGUUUUGAAGUCAAUGAUGAGUGAUUACUUUUGAAUCAACUUUUGAUUUCUGUCUGUAAUGAUCUAAAUGCAACAGUUCCAACUAAAACUUUGCCUUUGAAAAACAGUUGCCUUUGAAAAUGUACAUAUAAUAGUGACUCCUGAAUAGUGUAAACCUACAUUUGUUGUGAUACGUUUUGGGUAUAUUGGAUAGAUCCUUAUCAUCAUCAUCAUCAUCAUUUUUUCCCCUUCAAAAUAAGCAGUUUUUAUUAUUAUUAUAUUAAAACAUCUGCCUGGACUAAACAUAUUUUCAUUAUACAUGUUUUUAUUAUGCUGCCUUGUAUUUAUUUUCAGUAAUGCUCAACUGAUUUCAAAACAUAUUUAUUUCCAGCUGUAAUAUAGGAUUUAUUUUCUUGUAACAUUUAUCACCAAUUUUUUAUUUUGAUUAUCUAUAAUCAUUCUUUUAUGAGAUUAAGAAGAGUUCUGUUAUUUUAUAGACUAAUGCAAGUUGGUGUGAAUGAACUGUAAACGCUUGUAAAUGGAUUUUCAGAGACAAAUUUGUUUUAAAAGCUAAUAAAAAGUCAAAAA